AUGGCGCGCGUCGUAUCGAGUCUCUCUGGAGGCACUCACAACGACGGCGGUCACGCAUGGCGUGCUGCCAAGAUCCUCGAGAUUGGUCGGCGGAUGGGUGGCCACCGCGCCAUGUACGACGAAGCCGCCGGACACGUACCAACUGGUUCUAUUCGACCUUACUCCGACAGCCAGUUCAUGCGCCCCGGCGAUCCGGACGACAUGAAGGAGCAUCUCAUUGUUCUCAGAGUCUUUGGGUUCUACAUGCUACAGGGAGCUGAUAGUCCAAGCUUCGGCGUCCGUACUUGGGAAUUGUUCACAAAAGCCGGCGUCUUGGAGGUGCUUCUCGAUAUCCUUGCGAGCGAAGGGUCCCUGAAGGAACACGUCAGAGUGGUUGAGGCGGUCUGGACGGGCAUGAGACACAUCCUCAUGCAGGAGAGGCUACUGGUAGACAAGACCGUGAUCGACGCAAUCCUUGACAGGACGCGCAGUGUUUGGAAACCGUUCUGGGAUUCGCGUCAUCUCUUGCCCCCAUAUUCGCCCACAGAGUACGCCACCGACAUCGACCGCGAACACGCCGAGGGGUACGAGACUAUCACCACCUCAGUACUAAUCCAUUGGAACAACCUUUAUUUCACCCGGCACUCGGAAUUCGCCCCAACCGACACGUAUAUUGCACAUGCAUCUCUCACGCUCUGGAUGUGCUACCAGCACCCCGACCUGGCUCAUUACGCCGAAUUCGCACUCAAUGGGCUACAUGGACUCUUUUCCAAGAUUCGCGACUCGUCGGAGGAAUUCGCCCAGGAAGCUGUUAUCGAGGGCGUAGGGCUUGAGGCGUAUCUUGAGCGCCUGGAUCUGCACAUCAGUCGUCAACGUCAUCCAGAAAAUAUGUGCACUCUCGAUUACAAGACCUGGAUUCUCUGUCUUCCGAUAAUGACCGCGUCGAGUGUGCUGCCUCAUCUCAUCGCCCAUGGAACACUGGACUCGCUUAUCAACUUGCAUGCCGAGCUGGCCAGGAACUCUAACCAUGUGGAGAAAAGCACCCACGUGUUGUAUUGUGUCUUGCGAGUGUUCAACGAAGCCUUCGAAGCGCAUUGGAUUACCCGUAUCGAACGAAAGGACGCUCUGCCACUCGUUGCCCUCCGGGGCGAAGAUCUCAUCACCAUCUUCUCCAAGGGCCUGCAUCAGGUGACAAGGCCAGACUGCAAGGAUCGCGAGAGUCAGUUUCUCAUUCCCCUUCUCCGCGAAGGACUCCUUCGCGCCGAGAAAGUCCUCCAACAACUGCGUCCGAGGUCAAGACGCUUCAAGCCCCAAGCGCAUGCCUUCUACGAAGAGUGUCUCCUCAGCGCACCCGAUCAUUGGUAUGCCGCUUUCAGCGCGGUGGAGACAGCCAAUUAUCACAGGGUCAUUGAGAAGGAACACUGCGCCAGCCUCAUACACGCUUGGAUACUGCUCGGCAAAUCCCUAGGCCUUCAUCGUGACAAGGAGCGGGAGCGACUUGAGCGGCUCAAGCGCAUCCACUGCGGGUGGUACCGCUGCGAGCAUCACUGCGUGAAGACAGAUGGGUCGCUCAGAAAGUGCGCGGGCUGUAACGACGUUCGAUACUGCACUAGGGAGUGCCAGACUGCCGACUGGAAGGCCAGGCAUAAGAAUGAGUGUGGGAACCGGCUGAAGGCACAGUGA